AUGUCUGAUGACUUUGCAGCCCUCUCUGCUAGCGAGGAGCACCUUAUUGGUAAUUAAAUCCUCCUCAACAACAUCGGCAAGGGAUCAUUUGCUGACGUGAGGCUAGCUUGGCAUACUUUGACUGGCACAGAAGUUGCAGUAAAAAUUGUGUAUUGGCAUGGCUCCUCUGAAGUUUUACAAGAAGUCCAUUGUGUUAAGGGUUUAAAUCAUCCCAACAUUCCCAAAUUGUUUGAGGUGAUUGCCACUGAGGACAAACUGUAUCUGUUCAUGGAGCACGUGAGCGGUGGGGACUUACUGGAGAAGAAAGGCCGCAUGAUGGAAGAGGAAGCCCGUGUCAUGAACCAGCAAGUAAUAUCUGCGGUACAAUACUGCCACCAGAGGCACAUUGUCCACAGGGACUUAAAACCUGAAAACAUACUCAUAGACAAAGACAUGAACUCUAAAUUAUCAGACUUUGGCUUCAGUAGGGAAUUUACAGAUGAAAAACUUACCACCUUCUGCGGCACCGCCUCCUACAUGGCUCCAGAGACAUUAAAGCUUGAACCCUAUGAGGGCCCGAAGGCAGAUAUCUGGAGCCUCGGGGUAGUUCUUUACAGGAUGGUAACAGGCCAACUGCCAUUUGUUGGGAAUAACUUUAGAGAACUUAGCAGUAAGAUCAUGAGUGGGCAGUUCUUUAUACCAUACUUUCUAUCCCCAUUAUGUCAACAACUAUUGAAAAACUUAAUGACCCUUGACUCCAGCCAGAGACCAACCUUAGAAAAUAUAAUGAAGGACCGCUGGCUCAACAUGGGCCAGACAGAGGAACUGAGGCCAUACAGUGAGCCACCCUGGGGGGACCUGAAUCCUCAGAUAAUAGAAAUAAUGAGAAAUAUGGGAUUUGAACAGCAAGAGAUACAGAAAUCCUUAACUGAAAAAAAAUAUGAUGCUAUUACAGGAACUUACCUGAUUUUAUCUACAUCAACAUCCAAAAUGAAGGGUUGGACCUUUAGGGUAAGGCCUUGUCCUUCCCCUGACCCCAGCAUCAGCCUUUUCCCAACCCAAGGGGCUCAGGCAUCAGGGAAGAAAGGCGGAGACCCAGCCAUUUCCACAGCCAGCCUGGUGUCAAGGGUGCUCCCUUCCUCAGUCAUCUUGGAAGCAGAGAAGAGCAUUUCACCAGCCAUCCUAGAACUGAAGACCACCACUGCCCCAGCCAGCCAGGAACCAAAGACCACCACUGCCCCAGCCAGCUGGGAACUGAAGACUAUCACUGUCACCACCAGCCAGGAACUGAAGACCAUCACUCCCCCAGACAGCGGGGAAGUGAAGACCACCACUGUCCCCACCAGCCAGGAACUGGAGACCACCACUGUCCCAGCCAGCCGGGAACUGGAGACCACCACUGUCCCCACCAGCCAGGAACUGGAGACCACCACUGUCCCCACCAGCCAGGAACUGGAGACCACCACUGUCCCAGUCAGCCAGAAACUAAAAACUAUCACUGCACCAGCCAGCUGGGAAGGGAGGAUGACAAAUCCCUCAGCUAGGGUGGAAGCAAGGACCACCACUUCAGUACUUGGUCUAAAGUCCUGUACCGCCACCACCAGUUCAGCCCUCCUGUGUGACCCUGGGGCUUCCCCCAUCACCCACAUCAGCAGCACCAGCAGCGUUGGUGGAGCCCCCGAAGAAACCACCUGUGAAAACUUCCUUCAGGCUGCUCAUCCUGAUGGUGGAUCCCAAGCCCCUUCCUCUGGCCACAUCCAGGGCCGACAGAGUAAGGCCAGGAGGGCCUUCAGGUUCUUUUUAGGACUGAUGUGCUGUGUGCCCUCCAGGGACAGACAGUGUCUCAAAAGGACAAGAGUGAAACCAAAAUAA